GGCGCGAUGAGAGGGGGAGAUGGACCCGAGCCGGCGGGACUGGCACCAUGACAUUGGCCGGCUUCGUGGUGGCGCUGGUGAUAGGGACGCUGCCCGGAGCCCGCGGGCCGGGGCAAGUCUCCGCCGGCCUCCCGGCCGCCCCCCCCCGCAGCCCCCCGCCGGCUGCCCCGCCGGGGGCUUCCCCGCGGCCCAGCGCCCCUGGGCACCGGCGGCGGCCGCGCUGCCGCGGCGGGGGGCGGCGGGCCGGGCGCCGCGGGGACGCCGCAGCUCCUGCGCCCUGCCCGGCGCCGAGGGGCGGCCCGGCUGCGCUCCUGGGGCCGGCCGGGGUCGCGCCGGCUGCGAGCAAGGGUCAGUGAGACUCCAGGGUGGCAAGAAUGAGUAUGAAGGUACAGUGGAAGUUUAUUUGAAUGGAAUCUGGGGAACAAUCUGUGGGAGCCAUUGGGACAAUAAUGAUGCAACAAUUGUAUGUCGACAGCUUGCACUUGGUGAAAAAGGUACAGCGAAACACAUACCAUUUUCUGGACUGGGCCUUAUUCCUGUUUUCUGGAGUGAAGUGCGUUGUCGUGGUGAUGAAGAAAAUAUACUGUUAUGUGAAAAAGACACCUGGCAGGAUGGAACAUGUCCUCAAAAAAUGGCAGCUGCUGUCACAUGUAGCUCCUCCCUGGCCCCCGUCUUUACUCCGAUCCGGCUGGCUGGAGGGAACAACGCCCACGAAGGAAGAGUAGAAGUCUACCAUGGUGGCCAGUGGGGGACAGUCUGUGAUGAUCAGUGGGAUGACGCAGAUGCUGAAGUUGUCUGCCGGCAGCUUGGCCUUGGGGGUGUUGCCAAGGCGUGGGGCCAGGCUUACUUCGGAGAAGGCUCCGGCCCCGUGCUGCUGGAUGAAGUGCAGUGCACGGGAAACGAACUGUCCAUAGAACAGUGUCCAAAAAGCUCCUGGCGAGAACACAACUGUGCCCACAAAGAAGACGCUGGCGUUUCCUGCACGCCUCUCACAGAUGGUGCACUAAGACUCACAAGUGGGAAAGGCAGUCACGAGGGACGCCUGGAGGUCUAUCACAGUGGGCAGUGGGGCACCGUCUGCGACGAUGGGUGGACAGAGCUGAACACGCAGGUGGUUUGCCGGCAGCUGGGAUUUAAGUAUGGAAAAAGUGCAGGUCUGGAAAAAGAGAGCUCCUCAGAAGGGAGCUCUGGGCCCAUCUGGCUGGACGAUGUCAGCUGCGCCGGGAAGGAGACAAACCUUCUGCAGUGUUCACGGAGGGAGUGGGGAAAGCACGACUGCAACCAUCAGGAGGAUGUCAGGCUCAUCUGCCAUCCAGAUAACGACAGCCACAAGCUCUCACUCGGUCCUCCCAUAAGGCUGAUGGAUGGUGAGAAUAAGAAGGAAGGACGUGUGGAGAUUUUUAUCAAUGGCCAGUGGGGCACGAUUUGUGAUGAUGGAUGGUCUGAUAAGGAUGCAGCUGUAGUCUGCCGACAGCUUGGCUACAAAGGUCCAGCUAGAGCAAGGACAAUGGCCUAUUUUGGUGAGGGCAAAGGCCCCAUCCAUGUGGAUAACGUGAAGUGUACAGGAAGUGAGAGAUCCCUGGCAGACUGCAUCAAGCAGGACAUUGGGACGCACAACUGCCGGCACAGUGAGGACGCGGGCGUGAUCUGUGACCACCUCAGCAAGAAGGGCCCUGGCAACAGCAAUAAAGAUUCUCUUGCCUCUGUUUGUGGACUGAGGUUACUACAUCGCCGACAAAAGCGAAUAAUUGGUGGGAAAAAUUCUUUACGGGGCGGCUGGCCGUGGCAGGUGGCACUGCGACUGAAAUCCUCUCACGGUGACGGGAGACUCCUGUGUGGGGCUACUUUGAUCAGCAGCUGCUGGGUGCUCACUGCUGCACACUGCUUCAAAAGGUAUGGCAACAACACUCGGAAUUACGCUGUGCGAGUCGGAGACUAUCACACCCUGGUACCAGAGGAGUACGAGGAAGAAAUUGGAGUGCAACAGAUUGUGAUGCAUAAAGAGUACAGGCCUGACAGCAGCGACUAUGACAUUGCCUUGGUGAGGCUCCAGGGCCCAGAGGAACAGUGUGCCAGGUUCAGCACCCACGUCUUACCUGCUUGUUUGCCAUUAAGGAGAGAGAGACCACAGAAAACUGCUCCCAACUGUUAUAUCACUGGAUGGGGUGACACAGGACGGGCUUAUUCAAGAACACUACAACAGGCUGCCAUCCCCUUACUUCCCAAGAGGGUAUGUGAAGAGCGCUACAAAAGAAGAUUCACGGGAAGAAUGCUCUGUGCUGGAAACGUCCAGGAACAGAAACGUGUUGACAGCUGUCAGGGAGACAGUGGUGGACCACUGAUGUGUGAACGUCCAGGGGAAAGCUGGGUUGUGUAUGGUGUGACCUCCUGGGGCUACGGCUGUGGGGUCAAAGAUUCCCCAGGUGUCUACACAAAAGUAUCCUCUUUUGUGCCCUGGAUAAAAAGUGUGACCAAACUAUGAAUGUCUGGAAUGAAAACCAAACUUUGAAGCAGGACAAGUUGAAGGGCACAGACAGUGCACAGCUGGGGCCCACAGUGGGUGGAAACAGACACAUUUUCCUGAUACGUGUGUUUUCCUUUUUGUUAAAUCCAAGCUGUAUACACACAACCUUUCCAGUUAGGGAUUACUGUCCUCUGUGGUAAGGAAGUUUAUGUAUUGCAGGAAUGAGUUACAUGUAUCUGAGGGGAAAGUGAUAGCCAGCUGAGAGUAACACUGGAGCAGGACAGCUGGAGAGUUCACUGGGAGACUCACUGUCCACGGGAAGACUGCAGUAGCUCCAAGCUAUUUAUGCUCCAAGCUUCUCUAGAAUUAAUUACAGAUCUCAAUUAAUCUUCAGUCUAUUAGUUUAUUUAAUAAUUUCUUGACUGUCUGCCUAUUAUCCCUAUGAUCUUACACUCAGUCCUCUAAAUUUGACUCAUGUUUCAGCAGCUAAUGAGAUCAUUAGCAGACUGAUUCUUGCUAAGUAAUUCUGAGUAUGUAUUAAAUGUUAGAAGAUAAAUAAUUGCCAAUAAUCAGAUCCCCAGCUAUUCUGAUAAAUUUUCUCACAGUUUAGUGUGCAUAAAGUACAUUCCCAAGUGAAACAGGUAGUACACUUGACUGUUUCCUUACAAACAUCCUGCACAGCUGCAAGAGCUAAAUCAAAAACAAAUGAACACUUAUUUUCCUUCCCCUAGAUAAGUAACAUUUGUC